GAACCGCCGCACCACCACACAAAACUUCCGAAAAAAUGACAAGAUAAAAUUAUUUUAAAAGAGUGCGAUUUUUUUUCUUUCGAAAUGAGGAAAUUCGCGUUUAUAGUGAUUAUUUAUUUUGUGUUGACCAGGAUUAAUUGUGACAUUAAUUCUAGUUAUGUAAAGUUUAAGUAUUCCCUGUCGAAUUUGACGCUGAAAAAUGACGUGAAAAUCGAGUUGGACAUCGAGGAAAACGUUUUGAGUGAGGAGGAGCGCGGGAAAUUGUGCGUCAAAAAUUUCACCAAAUGCAGAAAUAAUGAUAUUGAAUAUGAAGUCACAUCAACGAAACUGUCUCAAGUUUUGUUUUCGAGAAUACCGCCUUUCGACUUAAGUGGUGUAAAGGGCGUGAGUCAAUCUUGCCAAAGAGACAGCAGAACGUACGUCCAGGAUUUGGCUGCUUUUAAAUUCUGGGCUCUUCAAAUGUAUGAUUCCACAGCCAAAUUACCCUCUGGGCUAAUGAAUGGAAAUGUGAAUCAACUAGGAGACUUUGAUAUGUGCUUAAGCUCCAAAUCUGAAGAGGAAAACAUCCAUGGAAAAUACUGCCUUGCUUCUAUGCAAGUAGACAAUCCACAUAGCUCAUAUUUAUCGGGAAUAUACAGACUCCUACAGUCCCACAUGCAUUUUAAAAGCAAACUUGAAGAUCCUGGGCAUAGAGUCCCAAGAUUUUCAAGCAUAAACUGGGCUUUAUGCGUACCAAGUUCUUGCACACCUACCGACGUAGAGUUGGGUUUAAAAAAGACUGUCAAUAAAUUUAUCGAAGGUACAGAUUUGAAGGUGCAAUAUGAAGUGGACCCUGCCAUGUGCCAAAGCAAAAGUGAAACCAAAGAUAUACCAGAUUCCACGAAAAUUGCUGUAGGUGUUUUUUCAGGUGUUAUAUUGUUAUGUAUAUUUGCCAGCUUAUACGAUAGUUAUACAAUCAAAGAAAAGCAAAAUGAAUGGAUAGUCGCCUUUUCCCUAAAGAAAAACUACAAUUCCAUGUUCACAAUAUCAAGAAACACAAACGAUAUUGAGGCUGUUCAUGGUAUUAGAUUCCUAAACGCCAUAUUGUUGGUGUUUGCCCAUAAAUCAAUGGCUCUAUUUUUCGUACCAUGGGCCAACAGAACCCAAUAUGUAGAGUAUGUGAGCCAACCCUGGACGGUUGUGGGCCGCGCUGCCAGCCUCUAUACAGACCCCUUCAUAAUGUUUUCUGGAACUUUGACCACGUACGCGCUAUUAGGAAGACUGCAGCGUACCCAAAAAUUGAAUUUGUUCCAAGAAUACGUGUCCAGGUUAAUGAGGAUAGUACCCACAUUUGCGGCCCUUAUAGCGUUCUGCACCUUCGUACUACCCUGGUUGAAUAACGGUCCCACAUGGAACUUGGUUGUCACCCACCAUUCCGAUAUAUGCAAGCAGAAUUGGUGGAGAAACUUGCUGUUCAUACACAACUAUUAUGGGUUUAAAGAGAUGUGUCUCACACAUACACAUCAUAUCGGCAUCGAUACGCAAUUAUUUUUUGCUUCGCCAUUUUUGGUGUACCUGCUGUGGAGAUGGCCCAAAAAGGGCUCUGUAACUUUGAUAACAAUUGCUAGCAUAUCCACUGUGAUGAGAUAUUAUGUUACCUACACCAUGAGACUGUCAAAUUAUGUCCAUUUUGGAACUUCGAUUCAACAAUUGUUUGACACAGCAGACCAUAUGUACAUCCUACCAGCCCACAGAGCAACAGUAUACAUAAUGGGUAUAUUCCUGGGCUACAUAUUAAAAUUCUACAGAAGUACCACCUUAACAAACAGACAACUUCAAAUUGGUAACGCGGUUGCGCUAUUUAGUUUCGUAGCAUCGGUUCUGGUGCCAUCCUUCAUGGGCAGUAUCGACUAUGUAUACAACCCCACAGACGCCGCAUGGUAUGCGGCUGUAGCGCCCAUAUUAUGGUGCUUUUCCUUUGCUUGGAUUGUUUUCACAACCCAUAUAGGGCAUAAAGGAUUAUUUGGUAACUUCUUCUCAAAACCUAUUUUCACGAUAUGGACUAAAAUAUCUUACACUGUUUACCUGACACAGUUCCCUGCCUUCUUCUAUAAUGUUGGUAUCACUAGAAGCCCCGAGAGCUACGAAUUUUUCCGAUCAAUGUUUAAUCUGAAGGAAUUUCUGUGGAUCUUGGCUCUAUCGUGCUCCCUUACCUUAUUGUUUGAGUCGCCGUUCCAGAACAUCAGGAACAUAAUAUUCAGGAAAUCGCCGAGUAAAAUAUCAGAUCAACCGAUCAAGAAAAAAGUAUCUUAAUUAAGGUGUAAGACUCAAAUAAACCUAGUGCGUUAACAAUUUAAGUUUGUACAAAGUAUUUAUAAAUUAGCUAGUAAGGUUUGAACAGUAU